AUGAUUCUGAUUCUAACAGAACUCACCCUAUACUACUUUGAUUACAUCUGUGAAUGCCGAAUCAGCUCCAAUCUCAGGCAUGCCAUCAGUUCCAACCUAGAAGGGCCCAUUCCCAACUGGGCAGACAAAGUCGCAACACAGACUCAACUGAAGCCAUGUGUGCCACCAAGCAUCCAAGCCUCUGCAAGGAUUGCCCAACAUCAACUUGCUGAUUCCAACCUGGAUCUUGAUGAUGAACCUGAAGAGUACAGUGAGCUGACACCGACAAUGCAGAGGGGAAAGAAUAUUGUGCAUGUGAAAGAGAAACCGAAACUCACAUUGAGAGGCAAGAAGCACUCAUUCCAAAAUGUAGAGCAUUCUGCUGAAGAACUCAAUGUUGCCAAAGAAUUCAAUGCUGCUGAAGAAUUCAAAAUGCAGCAGAAUCCAGAUGCUGCUGAGGACCCAAACACUGCCGAAGGAUUCGAGGAGGAUGAGGAGACUGCCAAAGAUGAGGGCCAUGCUAGCGUGGCACAACACACAAGCUCUAUGUCAGUUGAUGUCUCCAACCAGAAGACCACAAGACAGCAUACCAAGGGUGAGGGCAAGAGCAAUACCAAGGUCGAGGCCCAGGUCAAGACCGAGGUGGAAGCCCCAGCAAACAUACACUUGAAGAUCAGGAAAGGAAAGGCCAAAAAUUCAAACUUACCUUCUGGAUUCCUCAAAAAUGGAGUAUGGCGCUCGAAGUUCAUUCCAUGCCUGAUGUUCUGGGUUGGCAACAGCAACCAUGCAUAG